AUGUCCGACGUUCAGAAGCCUGUUGAGGAGACUCCCGCUCCCGCCGCCGCGCCUGUCACUGAAGUCCCUGCUGAGACUCCCGCCACUGAGACUCCUGCUGCUGAGGCUCCGAAGGAAACGCCCGCCGAGAACACCGAGGCUACUCCCGCUGCUGCGGAGGAGAAGAAGGAUGAGACACCCGCUGAACAGCCCAAAGAGGAGGCUAAGGAGGAGGUGACCCCCGCAUCGGAGGGUGUCCUCGGUCACAAGGCCCCCGGUCUCGUCAAGAGUCUGCGCUUCUCCAAGCGCUUCUUCUACUUCAGCGAUGGCGCUGUCGAGGCUAAGCAGCUGUCUGCUUUCCACCAGAAUGAGAAACCCGUUGUUGCCAACCCCAUUGCUGCCUGGGCUAGCCAAACUGGCAAGGGCCUUUUGUUCUUCACCAAGCGUGCUGAGGACAAGAACACUCCUACCGGAAUCUUCAACUUGGCUGAGGUCACUGAUAUCACCAAGGAGGGCUCCAGCGAAUUCCUCUUCAAGGUGAACGGCCACAAGCACACCUUCCAGGCUGCCAGUGCCACCGAGCGCGACAGCUGGGUUGCUGCCAUUGAGGCCAAGGCUGCCGAAGCCAAGGCUGAGAAGGAGGACAUCACCUCCAGCGAGGGCUACAAGGCUGAGCUCGAGAAGCUGACCAAGCCCGCAGUUGCUGAGCCCGCCAAGAAGGCCGCUGAGAAGCCCGCUGAGGCUAAGGAGGAGGCCAAGGAGGAGGCUGCCCCUACUGAGGAGAACAAGGACACCAAGGCCAAGAGCCGCUCGCAGUCCCGCAAGCGCGCUAGCAUUUUCGGAACUCUCCGUGGCAAGAAGGAAGAGACUGAGGAGAAGAAGGAAGGUGACAAGACUGAAGAGGCCAAGCCCGCUGAGGCCGCUGCCGAGCCUGCUGCUGAAGCAUCCGCCGCUGCCGAGACUACUGAGGUCGCCGCCGCCGCUGCUCCUACUGAGCCUACCGAGAACAAGGAGGACAAGGAAGAAAAGGAAGAGGAAAAGAAGGAGGAGAAGAAGGAAGAGAAGAAGGCUGAGACUAAGUCCAAGCGCACUUCCCUCUUCGGCAACUUCUUCCAGAAGGUUACUAGCCCUUCUCACGAGAAGUCUGAGAAGGAGGCCACCGCUCCUGCUGAAACCCCCGCUGUUGCCAGCACCGCUCCUCAGCUCGACAACCCUGUCGAGGAGGCUUCCGUGAAGCCCAUUGAGCCCGAGACUGUGACCGCCCCUGCUGAGGCUGAGGCCGCCAAGGAUGCUGCUCCCGCUGCCCCUGCUUCUCCGGCCGCUGAGACUCCCAAGGACAAGCGCCGCACCUCUUUCUUCGGUAACUUCGGUAAGAAGAAGGGUGACUCUGACAACGAGGCUGAGGGCGAGUCUAAGCCCAAGGGCAACAAGCUUGGUGGCCUUUUCCGUAAGCCCAGCAAGGCUGUGAAGUCUGAGCUCAAGGAGCCCGCCACCGAGACUGAGGCCAAGGCAGAGGGUGCUCCUAAGGAGGCCACCGUUCCUGAGUCCGCUGAGGAGUCUAAGCCCGCCGAGCCUGUUACCACCACUGAGGAGGCUAAGCCCGCCAACGUCUCUUCCACCUCUGCUCCUGUCCAGGCCGCCGCAUGA